AAGACCAUGCCGGAUUUAGAAAUUGAUUUCCCAAGAGGAGGAACAAAUCAGAAUUCUUCAUCAAACGAUGGUAAAAGUGGAAAGGAGGCAUUAAAAAACCGCAAACGACGGAGAGUUGAUGGUUCAAAACCGAGGAGUGAGUUCGAUACAAAGGAUGCGAAGAGGUCAGAAUAUGAGGGCGUAUGGCGAAACCGAAUGGAUUCGUCACAGUUGACUGAAGGUGUUCUUGGCUUAGGUGCAGUUCGAGAGAUUCACGAUGAUCGAAUCGAAGUGGAAUCGAGUGAUGGAAUUCUUUUCACACUGCCAGCCACAAAUAUCAGCGACCAACUUACGAAUACUUUCAAAUCAUCCGCAUUGUUCACUCUGAACGAUAUUUUUGUUGUUGGCCAAAUGAUUGCAUUCAAAGUUGUCAAAAUAGUGAGCACUGACUCGUCAGGUGUGUUUUCUUCUCGUUACUAUGUUCAGUUUUUGAAAUCAUAA